UGGUCUAGGGUUUACGUUUUCACACCCAAACUGAAAUUUCUUGACCACUCCCCAGCCAGUGUAGUUGUAGAGUAGAAUGGAGGUGGCUGUGGUUCGGAGUCUCGCCUUCAAUGACGAGAAGACCUUUUCGGUGCCGUCUUUUGUGGAGGCCAUGGUGGUCGACUCUCUCCUUGCUGUUGCUGCUGCUGCCAAAUCUCUCGCUUACCUUCUCAUUGCGUCUCGAUCUCUUCCUAAAGAUGUCAAUAAUCCUGUGUCACCAAUGGAUGGAAGGUUUCCUCUAGAUCAGUUGUUGUACAGGGCAAACCAUGCUUCUGAAGAAAACAAGGACACCAGUGAAACAGAGGACGAUGAGGAUGAUGAAGAUGGCGAGGACGGAAACGAUGAUGAUGAUGAUGCAGACGACGAGGACUUUUCUGGCGAAGAAGGUGAGGAAGAUGGAGACCCUGAUGAUGAUCAUGAGGCCAACGGUGCAGGGGGUAGUGAUGACAAUGAUGAGGAUGACGAGGAUGACGAUGAUGGCGAAGAUGAUGGAGAAGACGGGGAAGAUGAAGAGGACGAGGACGAUGAAGAUGAUGAGGAGACCCCGCAGCCACCUUCAAAGAAGAGGAAGUGAGAAAUUAUAUUGUUGCCUUGUAUCUUUCCUUUCUGCCAUUGUAACCGAUUUCUAGUUUCUAGUCAAGUUUAGUUCUUAGAGAUUUACCACCCUGCUCAUGUCACUCCAUCAUUCCCAUGUCUAAUAUCGUGUUUUAUAAACAUCAUGAUUAAUAUAUGUCAUUGUUUUUAGUAUUA